UUUGAGGACUGGAGUGCAAGACCGUUUUAAGGUUUCAGGAAAAGGAUACAGAGACAGAGAAAGUUAGCGAUUUCUCCAUUAAAUCAGCAAAUGUGCACGGAAAGGAAAACAAGUUGCAGAGUCUACAAGACAGCUGAAGGGAGACAGGGCAGAUGGAAAAUGAUUGCUUUGCAAUUACUGAAAACCAGUUUGCAACAAGGUUGAGGGUCUCAUUUUGCCUUGAGAGGGGCUAGACAGGAAGUCAAAGACUUGGGACAGAAACUGUGGCUGUCUGCAAGCUGGCUCUGACAGGCUGUCCCUUGCAGGCGAUCUCCGCAGAGUCGGUUGGAUCCGCACCUGCAGCCUGAUGUGGUGUCUGGAGAGACUCCUGAGGGACAGGCACGGGCUCCUUACCGGCCACGCCCGCCGCUCCAAGCCGCGGUCAUCCACCGCGUGCGCAAACGUGCUCACUCCGGACCGCAUCCCCGAGUUCUGCAUCCCGCCGCGGCUGGAGCCCAACCUGGCCUGGGCUGCUCUGCGGGACGCCGGGGCACCGGACUCGGGGAGUGACGGAGAGGACCUCACCGACUGGGACCCGCGCUCGCAGGCCGCGCUCUCGCUGCCACACCUGCCCCGCACGCGCACCACCUAUGGCUUCUGCGCGCUGCUCGAGAGCCCGCACACGCGCCGCAAGGAGUCGCUCUUCCAUGGACACCCCCGCGCCCCCUCACGCGCGCGCCCGCCCAGCUCGCGGCCCUCGCCCCGCCCCCGCGCGCACACCUACCUGCUGCUGCGCGCGGCUGGCCAGCAGCGCGCCGCCGUGCUCGGCCGCAGUCGCAGGGCCGCCUUCGGCCAGGACUUCACCUUCGACGGGCUCGCGGAGGAGCAGCUGCGCCGCCUGGCCGUCCGCGUCAAGGCCAAGAGCAAGGGCCGCGGCCUGGAGCGGGGGCGUCCGCUGGGCCAGGGCGAGCUGCUGCUGGGCUCGCUGCUGCCGCUCUGAGCCCCGCAGCCCUGGGACCCCGACACUGGGCCUCUGGGCUCUUGGGCCCCAUGGCCACUUGACCCUGGGACACUGGCAGCCUCUUAGCCUAGGGACGUUGACAACCCCUUGGCCCUGGACACUCAGCCUCUUGUCCUUGACAAUCGCUUGGUCCUGGGACACUCACUGACAGCCAUUUGUAC